AUGAUCAGUACCAAUGACGAGCCGCUGCACGUGCUCGACCUACCCCAAAUCUACACGAAACCCUCCGGCACCGAUCUCAUCAAGGCCCUGGCUUUAUUAACGCUGCAGCCUCGCACAUUCGGAACCACUGCGGAGGUUGCCAAGGGUCCAGCAGUGCAGCCAGCUGGUGUGACUCGCUAUCUCACCUCAAUCAUCGCAAGCCCGCUGUCAUGGCUUGACACGGAAGAGUUGCAGGAAGCUGUCUGGGAUGCGGCUUCAGCUCGCCUGAGUGAGAGGUCUGGUCGUGCCGCCAUGCCGGCUAUGUCGCGCGUCUUCAGUGUGCCCACCUCGUCCGGGGAAGACUACACCCUCACCUUGCACGAACCAUCCAUCACCGCAGAUAACCUGGGGAUGAAAACCUGGGUCUCAUCUUAUCUUCUGUCCCGCCGACUGCACAACCUUCUCGAGUGCCCGCCGGACCUCGUGCCGUCGGGACCGACCGAGCUUUCAGCCAAACUCAACACGAACAAGCCACUACGCGCGCUUGAGCUCGGCUCUGGCACGGGACUUGUCGGCCUGGCCUUUUCCGCACUCCAAGGCAAAUCAGCCACCGUCCACCUGACCGAUCUUCCGGACAUCGUGCCAAACCUCGCCCAUAACGCCGCACUGAACGUCGAGCUCCUCAAUAGCACAGACGCAACCGUGACAACAGGCGUUCUGGACUGGUCUUUGACACCCAACCCACUGCCUUCGGCGCAAGAGCGCUUCGACGUGAUCCUGGCUGCGGACCCGCUAUACUCGCCCAAGCACCCCAAGUGGCUCGUGGACACAAUCGGGGUAUGGCUGAGCCGUGGACUUGACGCACGAGUCGUCAUGGAAAUGCCGCUUCGUGAGGCAUAUAUUCCACAAAGACAAGAGUUGCGCCAACGACUGGCCGACUUGGGUUUGACUCUGGUCCAAGAGGGUGAGGAGAUCGGAUACGACGACUGGGAGAGCGCAAAUGGUGAGGCACUAGCCGUGAAGUGCUGGUGGUCCGUGUGGGGAUGGAGCGAAAAGGUCUAG